CCUGCUGAAAAUGCUUACAGGCGGCGACGUGCUUUUAACUUGUCUUCGGUUGGUUCUGUGCGUUUUGUUCAGGCGGUUCCUGCUGAAAUGAUUGACUCUUCCGUUUGCGAUCGGGCAAUGAUCACCUAGACGAAGAUGUCGCAGCCGGGCGGGAAGAAAACGGGAGGAAAGGGACCUCCCAAGGAUAAAAAUAAUGAAGACAAGGACAAAAAUAAAGAAACAGCAAAUGGCAAAGAAUCAAAGGAAAAGGAGAAAGAGGAAACGGGUAGCAACCCGGAGGGUGAAGAGGCACCGGUCCCGAAGCCGCAGAGUGCCGGAGCCAACAUCCGUGAUGCUGCCCAAAGAGUCCUGGUGUUGUGCCAAAAGGCGGAAUGGGCUCCGGUCGAUCAAGUUCUCAAGUCCAUGGAGAAGGCCAUUGCGGCGGCCGGGGACGACGCCAACACCAUUCCCCUUGCUGGGGUUGCUGAUAUGGCGACCGGCAUGACACCUCUCAUGUAUGCAGUUAAAGACAAUAGGACGUCACUCGUCGAUCGAAUGAUCGAACUCGGAUCGGACGUCGGAGCCAGAAACAACGAUAAUUACAAUGUUCUACACAUUUCUGCAAUGCAUUCGAGGGAAGAUGUGGUCAAACUAUUACUUUCUAAAAGAGGGGUUGACCCAUAUUCCACAGGAGGGAGUAGAAAUCAGACUGCAGUCCACUUGGUAGCUUCGAGGCAGACUGGAACCGCCACAGCUAUUUUGAGAGCGUUGCUUCAAGCUGCCGGAAAAGAUAUUCGACUGAAAACCGACGGGAGAGGAAAAGUGCCUUUGCUGCUCGCGGUGGAGGCAGGAAACCAGUCCAUGUGCAGGGAGCUCCUGAGCGCCCAGACGGCCGAACAACUCAAAGCAGCCGCAGCAAAUGGGGACACAGCCCUUCAUCUGGCCGUUCGAAGAAAAGACAUUGACAUGGUUCGCAUAUUGGUGGACUAUGGAACGAGCGUGGACAUACGGAACGGUGAGGGCCAAACACCGCUUCAUAUUGCCGCGGCGGAAGGAGACGAGGUGCUGGUUAAAUAUUUUUAUGGGGUUCGAGCAUCCGCCAGCGUCACAGACAAUCAGGAUCGCACUCCGAUGCAUCUGGCGGCAGAGAACGGCCACGCCAACAUCAUCGAACUGCUCGCUGACAAAUUUAAGGCCAGCAUCUUGGAGCGGACCAAGGACGGUUCGACUUUGAUGCACAUCGCCUCGUUGAACGGACACGCCGAUUGCGCCAUGAUGUUGUUCAAGAAGGGCGUCUAUUUACAUAUGCCAAAUAAAGACGGUGCCAGAAGUAUACACACUGCUGCAAGAUACGGACACGUGGGUAUAAUCAAUAAGUUGAUCGAGAAGGGUGAAAGGGUCGAUGUCACCACGAACGAUAAUUAUACAGCUCUUCAUAUUGCUGUGGAGUCCUGCAAACCUGCCGUGGUGGAAACACUAUUGGGAUAUGGGGCAGAUGUUCACAUAAGAGGUGGAAGAUUGAAAGAGACAGCACUUCACAUCGCAGCAAGGGUAAAAGAUGGCGAAAGAUGUGCCUUGAUGCUUUUAAAAUCGGGAGCAGGGCCAAAUCUUCCGACACACGACGGACAAACGCCUGUUCACGUCGCAGCCCAAUACGGCAACCUUCAAACCCUUCUUUUACUUUUGGAAGAUGGCGGCGAUCCUAUGUUCAAAAACAAGCGUGGAGAGACACCCCUUCAUCUAGCGAGUAAGGGUUGCCGUCCAGAUGUGGUAAAACACCUAAUCAGCUACGUAAAAGAAAACAAAGGUGAUGAAAAAGCUUCGCAUUACGUAAAUGAGGUCAGCGAAAACGACGAAAGUGCUUUGCACUACAUCUGUACCGUGACCAAAGAAGAGGUUGAAAUACCCGACUCAGACAAAGAAGUGGCCAAAUUGUUGUUAGAAAACGGAGCAGAUAUCAAAUUGCAAACCAGCAAACACGAAACCGCCUUCCAUUAUGUCGCAGUGGCUGGCAACAAUGAUGUUUUAAUGGAGAUGAUAGGUCACAUGAAUACGACAGACGCCCAAAAAGCCUUAAACAGACAGAACGUAAACGGAUGGACCCCGUUAGCUAUAGCGAGUCAUAAAGGCCACUUGGAUAUGGUUAAUAAUUUAUUGGCAAAUCAUGCGAGGGUGGAUGUUUUCGACACAGAGGGAAGGUCAGCGUUACACUUGGCGGCCGAGCACGGUUAUCUGCAGGUGUGUGAUUCAUUGCUGUCAAAUAAGGCUUUCAUUAAUUCCAAGAGCAGGAACGGACGAACAGCUCUUCAUUUGGCAGCAAUGAACGGCUACGUCCCCCUCGUCAAGUUCCUUAUCAAAGAUCAUAACGCCGUCAUCGACAUCCUCACCUUAAAAAAACAGACACCUCUUCAUUUGGCUGCAGCAGCUGGUCAAAUGGAGGUGUGUAAACUGUUGCUCGAAUUAGGGGCGGAUAUCGAUGCGACGGAUGAGCAAGGACAGAAGCCAAUACACGCAGCUUGCCAGAACAACUUUUCCGAAGUGGCUAAGCUGUUUCUUCAGCAACAUCCUAGUCUUGUAAUGGCGACGACCAAGGACGGAAAUACAUGCGCUCACAUCGCUGCGGCUCAAGGAAGCGUUACUGUCGUUGAAGAGCUUAUGAAAUUUGACAGACAAGGGGUGAUCUCUGCUAGAAACAAGAUCACCGAUGCCACUCCGUUGCAGAUGGCGGCCGAAGGCGGACAUGCUGAAGUAGUGAAAGCUUUAGUGAGAGCAGGAGCUUCCAUAACCGACGAAAACAAAGCUGGCUUCACUGCUGUACAUCUCGCUGCGCAAUAUGGCCACAUGCAGGUUUUAGAAGUGUUACGAUCUUCGAACACUUUAAGGGUUGUGUCUAAAAAACUGGGCGUGACGCCUCUGCACGUUGCGGCGUAUUUUGGCCAGGCCGAUACAGUUAGAGAACUUCUGGCACACGUGCCCGGUACCGUCAAAAGCGAAAGUCCUAAUGGAGCGUCUCUAGUUCCGACACUGGGAAAUGAAACUGGGAUGACUCCGUUGCAUCUUGCUUCGUUUUCUGGGAACGAAAAUGUUGUAAGGCUGUUGCUGAACUCAGCUGGUGUUCAAGUUGAUGCCGCCACUCACGAAAAUGGGUACAACUCGAUGCAUUUAGCAUGUUAUGGUGGUCAUACAACUGUGGUAGGUCUCCUGCUGAGCCGUUCAGCUGAACUUCUGCAAAGCGUCGAUAAACACGGAAAAACUGGCCUUCAUAUCGCCGCCACCCAUGGACACUAUCAGAUGGUCGAGGUUUUAUUAGGUCAGGGUGCAGAGAUAAACGCACCAGACAAAAAUGGCUGGACACCCUUACAUUGCGCUUCUCGUGCCGGAACUUUCGAAGUCGUCAAACUUCUGACCGAAUCCGGAGCGUCCCCCAAAUCAGAAACUAACUUGGGCGCCGUCCCUAUUUGGUUUGCCGCGUCUGAAGGUCAUCAUGCCGUUUUAGAAUAUCUGAUGACCAAAGAACACGACACUUACGCCCUUAUGGAAGACCGGAAGUUCGUGUACAAUCUCAUGGUCUGUUCUAAGAACCACAACAACAAACCCAUUGAGGAAUUCAUUUUGGUGUCCCCCGCUCCGGUCGAUACAGCUGCCAAAUUGUCCAAUAUUUUGAUUGUUUUAUCCAAUAAAGAAAAGGAAAGAGCAAAAGACUUGAUAGCUGCAGGAAAAUUCUGUGAAGCAAUGGCAACAGAAUUAUUAGCUUUAGCAGCUGGGGCAGAUUCAGCUGGGAAGAUUCUAACUGCAACAGAUAGAAGGAACGUCGAAUUCCUGGACGUACUGAUUGAAAACGAACAAAAAGAAGUGAUUGCUCACACAGUCGUGCAACGAUAUCUUCAGGAACUGUGGAGAGGAGCGCUCAACUGGGCGGCGUGGAAAACGCUUCUUUUGUUCGUGUUUUUCAUAAUUUGUCCUCCGGUGUGGAUCGCGUUCACUCUUCCGUUACGCCAUAAGUACUAUAAGGUUCCCAUUAUAAAAUUCAUGUCCUACCUCACCUCCCACGUUUACCUAAUGUUGUUCCUCUUGAUCGUCGGCAUUACACCUCCUUAUCCCGUCGUCAGAUACAGCCUCCUCCCAUAUUGGUACGAGUGGAUACUUCUGGUGUGGCUGAGUGGACUGCUGCUCUUCGAACUGACCAAUCCCAGCGACAAAUCCGGAUUGGGAUGGAUCAAACUGUCGGUACUCUUAUUUAGCAUCUUCGGAGUAGGUGUGCAUUUAAUGGGUUUACUUUUUAUCGAGAAAAACUAUUGGCCAACUUUAAUGUACUGUCGCAAUCAACUGUUCGCGUUAAGUUUUGUGCUUGCCUGCGUCCAGAUCUUGGACUUUUUAUCGUUCCAUCAUCUGUUCGGACCGUGGGCCAUCAUCAUCGGCAACUUGAUGAAGGAUUUGGCCAGAUUUUUGGCCGUCCUGGCCAUUUUCGUGUUCGGAUUUUCGAUGCAAUUCGUCGCCUUGAAUCAACCCUUCCAGAAUCUUACGCCUGGCGAAGUUAGAAGACUGCCUAGGGAUCCUAAUCGAGCUGGAUACUUUAGAGACGAAGUGGAAUCAUUGUCCACCGAGGCGGAGUGGAUGGAAGGUUACAGUUCCAACAGUCCGAAAUCGAGAGCGUCCCUCCGUAAAAAACGGCCUCCUUUGACAGGGAUGAUAAUGAACCCACUGCUCGCGUUCGAGUUGUUAUUUUUCGCCGUGUUCGGCCAGACCACGUACGACGAGCUGACGGUGAAGGCGCUGCCCAACCACAUCCCGUUCCGGCCGAGCUGGACCGACAACCUCUUCAAGGUGGUGUUCGGCAUCUACAUGCUGGUCUCGGUGGUCGUACUCAUUAACCUCUUGAUUGCCAUGAUGUCCGAUACGUACCAGCGCAUUCAGGCACAAUCCGAUAUAGAAUGGAAGUUUGGACUGAGCAAACUGAUAAGAAACAUGCACAGAACCACAACAGCUCCAAGUCCAAUAAACUUAAUAACCACUUGGUUAUUUUACCUUGUAAAUAUUUGUAAAAAACGAGUGAAAGCCAAGAAACGUCAGAGUUUGGUACAUCUAAUGGGCAGCUUUCAACGAACGGAACAAUUAAGUCCGCGCUCCAAGGCGGGUGCUAAGUGGCUCUCAAAGGUCAAAAAGGGUCGCCAAGUUGCUCCCAAAGAGUCCGUCGCUUUGUCCGUUUCCCAUUUGAGUCCUCUCGGUUCCCAGCUGAGUUUCAGUGCGACGAACAUGAGGAUUGAACACGUGACUGAUUGGGAGGCAAUCGCCAAGAAAUACAGGGCACUUAUGGGGGAGAUCGAUGAGGACAGGAAGGAUCAGAGCGACGAGACAAACGAGGAGGAGGACGAGGAUAAUGGACAAGUGCCCAACAAUAUGCCGAACGCUUCCGAAGGUUGAAGGCUUUGUUGCGUUGUGUUUUUGUACAGUGUAAAAGUGGUAGUAAGUCAUUGAGAAUUUUAUUGAAUUGUAUGAAUUAUCGUAUUGUAUAAGUUUAGAUUAGUUGAGGACGGAUAUUUAUUUUUAAUAAAAAUAUUAAGCCCUAA